UACCUUGUCUGUGGUAUAUAUAAAAACCACCGAAGAGAAUCCCAUCGGUGUAUCAACAAUGUUAUCUUGACAUUGCUGCGUAUUCAACUGAGAACUUUGGAUAAACCUGCAGUGAAUGAAGUGUCAAAGCACUUGGCUCGUGAUUGUGUAAUUUUGUACAAUUUCUAUUUGAUACUAUAAAAUUUACCCUCAUAAUUAAGUACAUAAGUAAAAACUUUAUUCAAAUUUAUGAAUAAUAAACGAAUUAAAAAAAUUAUUUGCAAAAGAUUACCACUUUUAAAGAAUAUAAUAGAAACAUAAAGAUAAAGACAACGAAUGGUCGACUAGUGGGAAUAAAGUCAUACUUAUGCCAACAACUUUUAAAAAUCACUUCUAAAUUCUUAAUAUUUAAUAAGAAGAUAGAAUGAAGAUACGAGCAUGAGACAAAAAGAAUAAUUUUUACGGAGAGGUAAAAGUACUUUUAAUAAUUAAAUUAAAUACAUUGCACUUUAAAUAUUCUAUGAUAUAAUGUAAACAAUUUAAAGGUAAUAAAUAACAGGAAGCAGAAGCCAAAAAGAAUACAUUAAUUAAUAUUUUAUUGUACUUUAUACAGGAUUUAUUGCAAUGUGUAUUAUAAUACAUAAUCACUUCCAAAAUUAAAGUUGUCUAUCUCUUUCUCUGUUUAAUGAGUUAUGAUUUAGCAAGCCUUUUUAUCUAAGUAUAAGGGAGUUGUUAUCAAAAAUACGAAAUAAUUUUCUUAGUAAGAUGUAACAGUUGUUUGCACAAAAUUAAUAUACACUUGAAACAUUCUAUUGUUUCAGAAAUAUAACUUUUUCACAAGCAUUUGAGACCACAGUAUGUACUUUAAAAUAGUAAAAAAAGUAUAGAUCAGCCAUUAAACUGAAAUUUUCAAUUAACAGAUCAUAUGUUACAUAUAAAUAAUGUAUGUGAAACAUACAUUAUUAAAAACUUAUGACUAAAUCAUAUGUAACACAGAUACGAAGAAAUUUCGUAAAAUGUAGAACACUUUUACAAAAUUACUUCUGGAUAAAUGCUCUAACACGCCAUUAUUUUAAACUAAUUUAGUAUUAAUACUUACUUCCUCCAUAGUAAUGCAAAUACAUUACUAUAAUUAUAUUUUAGAUGUUUCUCAAUUACUAACAUUACAGAAGUAAAAAGAUGACAUAAAAUGAAUUAAUAAUGAACGUGUUUACUUAUACAUAUUGUGCAUCCUAAGAUAAUAUACCAUUUCAUAUGCUAUGUACUGACACAUAAAAUCAAGUUUAAACAUGCAGUACAGUAUAGAAAGGAGCUCAUAAAUGUAACGUAAUGAUUAGUCUUAUUUCCAUUUUAGCAAUUUUACAUAUCUAAAGAAAUAUUAUUUGAAAACGUUCUUUGUAUAUACUUUGUGAUCAAUGUUUCAUACAGAUUUGAUUCAUACAAUACAAAUUGUAUACUUAAACUCUACAAUAAACGUUUUGAAAUAAUUUUUCUAAUGCACAGAUAUGUUUAUAAUAGUUUAGAAUCAUAGUUGUCCUGUGUUGUUGUUUAUACAAUUUGUCUUGAUCACAUAAAAAUUCAUUUAAUACUGGAAACCAAAACAUUGCAAUAUAUUUUAAAGGAUAUUGUUUGCCUCGAGACGUGACCUUUUACUACGAACUGUUCCAGAAUCAUCUUCAGAGUCACCAUUAGCAGAUAAGAAAUCUCGUUUCCUAUCAGUGUUCUAAAAAAUUUUAUUUAAAAAUAAAAGAUGUGUUGCAUGAUAACUUGAAAAAUACAAUAUGCAAGAUCUACAUAAUUAUUACCUUUUUGUCCCAUUGUUGAUGAAGGUACCUUAAUAAUAUGGUUGUUUUUUCAGUAACUAUAACUGUAAUUAACAAAAACAAUCAUAAUAAGUUCCAUGUACAUUUUUAUGGUAACUUAUAAUAUAUUAAAAACUUACCUUGUUCAGAGGGAUGAUCUCUAGUAGGUAAAUAAACAGAGGGUUUUUUUACACAAGUUCUAUUUCCAUUGUCCGUAUGAAAAUUGGCAAAAUUGUUUUCAUUAUGUGAGGGCAAACCCUUUAAAAAUUCAGCGACGGACUGUAAAUAGAAAGUUUCAACGUAAAGUUUCAAAUUAAAAAUAUUACUUCGUUUAUAACAAACUAGGUUGCGGAAAAUGUCGAAAAAUUCAUUAUUUUUAAUCAUUUUUAUUGAAUAAUUUCGAAAUUUAAAACCUCAAAAUUUGUUCUUCAGCUAAAACAAACAUGGCUCGAAUCUGAAAUUAAAUUUUUUAACUUGCAUGAGGAAUAUUAAUUUUCUUCGAAAAUAUUUUUACAUAAACUGUACAUAACCUAUAAAAUUAUUUUUUAUCGAUAAAAAAUGUCAACAACAUUGUAGUCAAAAAAGUAAACUUUACCAUUUCGAAACAAUGAGGCCAGUGCACAAGUCACAGUUAGAAUGAAAAACUAAUUUAAAAAAUCAUAUCUGUAUAAGAAUCACACGUAAUAUUUGUAUACACACUGAAAAAAUAUGUUUAGAACGCUGCAAUUGGUAUGAAAUCAACUAUCGUCAUUUCUUUGACCACAGAAUUCAAAAUAUCUAGACUCUAUCACUCUCAUUGGUUAAUGACAUAAGUACUGAAAUACAUGAAACUCAAUACCCAUAUUUAAAUAAAACUUUAAUAAAUAGAAACAUAUUAUCUUUUCUUAUUCUGCUUUCAAUAAAAUUUUCUUAUUAAGGCAAUGAUAACAAUUACAUUUUCUUGAAAACUAUACGAUGAAAAUGAUACCAAAAAAAAGGAGCAUUGCACGCAUUGAUAUACGAUUUAAUGCUUAGUGUUUUUGAGGUAAUUAUCUAAAAAGUCUGAAACGCUAUUAAUUAUUAAAUAUAAUAGUAUUUGUCAUAUUUCUUUUACAAACUGUUGACAAAAAUAAAAAAAUAAAGUUCGAAUGAGAUGUAAACAAUAUCACGUUUGACGUUCCAAAAUGUAAAUAUAACCUAUAUAUAUAUAUACCGACUAAGUAAUAUACGAUAAAAUCACUCUAAUGAAAUUGGUUUGCUCGUUUUGUACAAGCUUAUAGAAUGUAUAAAAAAAAGUGGCAAGAUUUGAAGGAGAUUGAUAAUGCUUUUAUACUUGAACCAGAAACUAUUCGCAGAACGCAAUGUCCUGGUAGAGUCAACUUUGUACAUAUGGCAUUUGAUUGUCACGUGGAGUAUCUUGUUGCAACAGAUACAGCAGGAUACUUAUAUUAUAUUGACUUAAAUAAUAGUCCAACUUAUCAAAAAUUGGGAAAUGUUGGACAAUCAACAUUUGUGGCAUUUAAUCCUAUAAAUAAAUUUGAAAUAUUAGUUGGCCUUACUACGGCUGACAUAAAAAUUAUAAGGGUGGAUGCGAAUGUAACACAAUUUUGUGUAUUAACUGCUCACAAAUUACCGCCUAUGCAUGUUUCAUUUUACAAACAAUAUUGUCUAACUUGUUCACGGAAAGAAGUUGUAAUAUGGUGUUUACGAUCUUGUAGUAAGGUUCAACAAUUAAGAGUUAAUACAAGGAAUGUUGUAAUAAGAAAGGCAAGUUUCUCAAACUUAGGGCACAUUGUUAUAUUAUACUACAAUGAUACUUUACAAGUAUGGCACUUCAAACAGUUGGAAAAUGAUAUUAAAAUAGAUGCAAAAACAUUUGGUAUUAGAAACAUUAAAAACUUAAUUUUUACACAAAAUGGAAGAGCAAUGAUCAUGAGUGGUGCACAGAAUAAGAUUAUUAUUCUAAGUACAUGUGAGUGGAAUUUACUCAAAACUUUGCUGCUGCCACAUAACUUUAUUGGAGUAAAACAAAUGGCACUUGUACCAUCACCUUUGGAUGGUGGAGCAAACAAUAUACUGGCAUGCAUUUCGUCUAGUUGUAGUCUUCAUUUUUUUGAUCUGACUCGAUCUUGUAUUAUUCAAACCCUGCACUGUAAUAAACCUAUAAAGAAAAUUACAGUCUCUAUAACUGGCAGGUAUAUAGCAUUAAUAGAACUAGAAGGUCAUUUAAAACUAAUAAUUACUGAGAAACUAUUCUCAGAUAAAUGUGAACCUGUAAAAAAGUUAAAAGAAUCAUGCAGACCAGUUGCACAUGGUAUACCUGAUCACCUGCAAUGUAUCAAACAACUCAUGAAACAAGAAUUGCGUUUAGAAAGACUGAUACCCAUCUUAAAGGAAUUUGGAGAGUACCCUGAAAAAUACAGAGUUCCAAUAUGGUCAAAUAUUUUAAAGUUACCAGGUAAUAAGAGCGCAUAUUGUGCUCUGGUUAACAAAGCAGCAAACGCACAUUUUUCACCAGAGCUUCUAAAGGAUUAUCCACUAGCAAACAGAAGCAAACGGGCAUUGUUGAAGACAAUAGUGAACUGCUUAAUACAAUGGUCUCCUAUAUUGUCUCAGUGUGUAUUUUUACCAAACCUUGUGUUCCCAUUUCUUAUGGUUUUUCAGAAGGAUCCGCUUCUUGGCUUUGAACUCAUUAUAAGUAUACUAUUAAAUUAUUGUCAAAAAUGGUUUGAAUAUCAUCCUUUACCACCUUUAAAUGUGUUAGGUAUGAUAGAAAAUAUAAUUUUACAAGCUGAUCCAUCUUUGCUAAACGUUUUUUGUGAAAGAGGUGUCACAUCCAGUGAAUAUGCAUGGCCACUUCUAAAAACUGCAAUGAGUGAAGUUUUAUCUGAUUCCGAAUGGCUGAUUUUAUGGGAUCAUUUAAUCUCAUAUAAAAAACCAUUACUUCUUUUAAUGAUUGUUGUUGCAUAUAGCAUUUGUUCACGUGAAAUUAUAAUUUCUUCGCUGCACUCUCCAGAAAGCUUUAAACGAUACUAUACCACUCAAGGUUAUAUCAGUGCAAAGGAAUUACUUAAACUUGCUCAAACUCUUGAUAAAGAGAUACCAUUACGAGUACAUCCUAGUCGUUAUCUCAGAAAUGAAUUAAUUACACUGCCUUCUAAAGGACCGUAUCUGCCAUUCAUGUUACAUGAUUUUCCAAAAUUUUUAACAGACGAAGUAUCCGUUUUAGAGUUAGAAAAACUGAAAGAGAAGGAACGGACUGCACGAAAACAUAAUCGUAAAGCUAUAGAAAUCGCAGAACAAGACAGAUUAAAACAGGAAACAAAAUCAUUUAUGGAACAAAUUCAUCGGGCAAGACUUAAUGAAGUAGAAAGAUGCAUUAAUGAACAGUUGUCUAGUAUAGAUUGGACAUUUAGAAGUGUACCGAACGCUAAAUCAGAAAUGCAAUAUGAUUAUAAUAUUCCAACAUUGGAUAUAGGUAUUUCAAGUGAUGACGAUGUUCUGGAUUCCAGAAGUAAAUCAAAACAUUACGAACAACUGCAACAAGAUAUAGAUAAAUUAGAAUACGAAGUACACAGCCUUUUAAAUUCUUUAAGGUCGUAGAAAUGAAGACUAUAAAAUAUUUGACAUUUUUUCUAAACCAUGACAUAAUGUAAAAAACGGAACAAACAAUCAAUAUAUAAACGGUCUCAAUUUGUAUGAUAUAUUUAUGAUUUGUAAAUAUGUAUUAUAAAAACUUUUUGUACAAAUGAUAUACAAUAUUUCUCUAUUUAUAUUUGUCUUUUUGCAGAAGCAAGGAUAAUAUGUAUAAUGUAUUCUUUUUACACCAGAUUGUACUUUUUUCAUUAACCUAAAAAGGCUAGUCAUAUUGAAUAAACGAAUGAACAGGUACAUCGAGUUUCUCCCUUCCUUUUAAUUUACUUAACUCAAUUAUCACUAAACAUUCAACC